CAGAUAUGAAGAGGAUUUUCCAGGCUGUUCACGGUGGUUGGUCCAGAAAGAUGCCUCGGUGCCUGCUGCUCACCAGCCUCCUCGUUCUAGUCACCCCCGUGUUGCCCAUGGCCCUAGAUCCUUGCUCUGCUUACAUCAGCCUGAAUGAGCCCUGGAGGAACACUGACCACCAGUAUGACGAGUCCCAAGGUACGCCUCUGUGUGACAACCAGGUGGAUGGGGAAUGGUACCGCUUCACAGGCAUGGCGGGGGACGCCAUGCCCACCUUCUGCAUACCAGAAAACCACUGUGGCACCCAUGCGCCCGUCUGGCUCAACGGCAGCCAACCCCUAGAAGGCGAUGGCAUUGUGGAACGCCAGGCCUGCGCCAGCUUCAAGGGGAACUGCUGCCUGUGGAACACUACGGUGGAGGUCAAGGCUUGCCCGGGAGGCUACUACGUGUAUCGUCUGGCCAAGCCCAGCGUCUGCUUCCACGUCUACUGCGGCCAUUUUUAUGACAUCUGUGAUGAGGACUGCCAUGGCAGCUGCUUGGACGCCAGCCAGUGCACGUGCUCUCCAGGAACCGUGCUCGGCCCUGAUGGGCAGACGUGCUUUGAUGAAAAUGAGUGUGAGCAAAACAAUGGUGGCUGCAGUGAGAUCUGUGUGAACCUCAAAAACUCGUACCGCUGUGAGUGUGGCGUCGGCCGUGUGCUGCGAAGCGAUGGCAAGACUUGUGAAGACAUUGAAGGAUGCCACAAUAACAACGGUGGCUGCAGCCACUCUUGCCUUGGGUCAGAGAAGGGCUACCAGUGCGAGUGUCCCCGGGGCCUGGUGCUAGCUGACGACAACCACACUUGCCAAGUCCCUGUGGUGUGCAAGUCGAACGCCAUUGAAGUGAGCGUCCCCAGGGAGCUGGUUGGUGGCUUGGAGCUCUUCCUGACCAACACAUCCUGCCGAGGCGUGUCCAAUGGCACCCAUGUCAACAUCAUCUUCUCCCUCAAGACGUGCGGCACUGUGGUCAACGUGGUGAAUGACAAGAUCGUGGCCAGCAACCUCGUGACAGGUCUUCCCAAGCAGACCCCGGGGAGCAGCGGGGACAUCAUCAUCCGGACCAGCGAGCUGCUGAUCCCGGUGACCUGCGAGUUCCCGCGCCUGUACACCAUCUCGGAGGGCUACGUCCCCAACCUGCGCAACGCCCCGCUGGAGAUCCUGAGCCGCAGCCACGGCGUCUUCCCCUUCACGCUGGAGAUCUUCAAGGACGACGAGUUCGAGGAGCCCUACCGGGAAGCUCUGCCCAGCCUCAAGCUCCGCGACUCCCUCUACUUCGGCAUCGAGCCCCUGGUGCACGUGAGCGGCCUGGAAAGCCUGGUGGAGAGCUGCUUCGCCACCCCCACCGCCAAGGUCGACGAGAUCCUCAAGUACUACCUCAUCCGGGAUGGCUGCGUUUCAGAUGACUCAGUGAAGCAGUACUCAUCCCGGGAUCACCUAGCAAAGCACUUCCAAGUCCCUGUCUUCAAGUUUGUGGGCAAAGAUCACAAGGAGGUCUUUCUGCACUGCCGCGUGCUGGUCUGUGGAAUGCUGGACGCGCGUUCCCGCUGCGCCCAGGGCUGUCACCGGCGAGUGCGACGUGCAGCCCGGGAAGGAGAGGACACCGCGGGUCUGCGGAGCCAGAUACUGACGGGCGGCCCGAUCAGCAUCGACUGGGAACCCUAGUUCCCUGCCCACCUGUCGGUCCCUCCGGCAGCUGUCCUCUCUGGAACUUCUGCCACAGCCCCUAAGGAUGUCAGAGGACCUCCUAGGACACCUGGCUUCUUUAGACCAUGGACUGUGAGUUUAGACCAACUCCCGGAACCCCUCACUGCGUCUGGUCCACAGGUGGGUACAGGUCACAGCUGUGCUGAGCAUGUGGCCCCAGCAGGCCUUCAGCUUCCUAAUGGGGGAAACUGAGCUGUCCACACAGCAGGACGCUGGCCCCACCUCCUGCAGGGCUUUCCUACAGUUAGACACCCCAUGUAUGAGGCAACAGGGCCCUCAACUCAGAAGCUGGUUAUAAUAUUUAAAGUUAGAAACCAGAAACUAAAUACUUACUAAAACUCUGACCUAGAAACUCAGUGAUCCCUAGAUAUGUAAAUAAUAAUCAUACCUUAAAAUUUCAAUUCAAACACAGAAUAGUUAUAGGGGAUUUGGAAGUUUAUCAAUAAAACAAUGUAUAAUAAGGAAA